CGUGAAGCCGCAUCCAAUAAAAUUACGCGAUUAAUAUCACGUGGACAGCGGUUCCUGAAUUUAUUUUUAAUUCGUAAUUUGUAUGCAGUGGAUUUUGGGGGUAAUAUCGCUAUCUCUCGUUCUGGAUUUCCCGUAGUUUUUGCUAAUGUAAGGCCAUAUGUGCGACUCCUAAAUGUCUCAUGGUGGAGAGAAGUCCCCUCAGGCAAAGACGCUAUCUGCCGAGGUGGAGCCGUUUGUUCCAAAUCGUCUUGGGGACGGUACAACAGGAGACAAAUCGUUGCCACAGCAACACUAUUCAGAUUCCUCUUUGCCUUCAGCUUUGAAUAAUGCAUCUAAAGAUCAAAAUAGCAAUGUUAAUAUUGGUGAACUCCCUAGUUAUAUGAUAAAUUGUUAUCCUUUUGUUCAAGACAGUUGUAUCACUGACGUCAGGUGGCAGCAAGGCGCACAGCACCACUAUCCACAUCAACCCUACGGCAACCCGCAUUCAGAGUUUUACCCACAACAACAGCCUCCAUUACCCUAUCCGGGCUAUUAUCCUGGGUACCCAAUCAACCCGUAUGUGACUGGCUACCAACCUCACCAACUACCCCCUCCGUACCCUCAGGGUUACCCGCAUAAAGGUGGUUAUAGGUCGAACAGACAAGGUGGAAAUAAGCAAAAUAAGAAUAACCGUAGACGAAACAAAGGUGGUUCGGCAGACACGAAGAGUGUUGGCGUACAAAAGACAUCCAGCGGUGAGAAAGUCAUUAUACCCAGCAAGGAUAUUAAAAGGAAAAUAAAAACAGUUAUCUAUGUUGAUGCUUGUCAACAAACAGAUUUUCCAGACGAUCUCGCAAAUUUGUCACUGUUGGAACGACCAAGCUCAUUUAGGAAAGCGAAAGCUAAGAACCGUAGGAAAACGCAGAGUCAACAAACGAGACGGACAAAUAUUUCGUCGACUGAUUCUGAAUUUGAGGAGGCUCAAGUAGACAGUGAUAGUGGUUAUAGCAGUCCUAAGCACUGUAGGAAUCUUAGCGUUGGAAGCAGUACACAGGGUAUUGUCACGCAGGACGCAGCGACGGGUACGCCAUCGUCAAACACACCGGCGUCAAACACGCGUGUACCUUCAACUAGUAAUGUGAACACGACAACACCGUCGAAUACUCAGGCAACAAUGGCAUCCAUGGCCGGACCGCCUGUUAUGAGCUAUGCAGGAGCUGUUGCAAAAGCGAAGGUACCCGUCGCUUCAGUUGUAACUCCAAGUGCAAUUGAUAGGACUCAUGUCGCGCAACAAGCUAUGAAAACGCAAUGGAAUAAAAGCAAGGUGAUAAACUCUACGAAUAGAAAUUUACAAAGUGAACCUCAUGACAGGAAGGAAGUACCAGCGGAUACGAUUAAUAGUACUGUAAGCGGCACUACUGCCACUGAAUUAGUUGCUCAGCCAAUUAAGAAGAAGAAACGACAGAGAAAGAGGAAUAAAUCGCGAGAUAGCGGGAGGUCUGCGAACUCUUCCAUUAACUCUCUGGCGAGAUCAGAUCUACUAACUACGCCGGUGCCAAGUGCGGAAGAGUUUGGAGCGUUGAAGUUUGAGGAUGAUACAGAGUAUCAAGAUUUGCCGUCCGUCGUGCCAAAUAGAUCAGAAGACAGGCCAACAGUAAUGAGUUACAGUGCUGUGGUACAACAACGGACGACGACGCCAACAACGAUGACAGUUCAUGGAUCAUAUGUAGAUAAAUCGGAUAACUAUGAAGACACUGAGGUGAAAAUGAAAAUGUUACCAGAAGAACUAAUGUCGCCGGAGGUCGCCGUGAGUACGGUCAAAGAAGGAAAGAAUGCCCGUAAACGACGGAAGAAAGCUUUAAUUGCUACGCAAGCAGCGGCGCAAGAAUAUUCGGAAAUUACCGAGGAACAAAAACAGCUACAGGAGAAUUUGAAGAAACCGAACAAACGAACAAAGAUGCCAAUCGAGUUUGACUUGGGAGAUAUGCUAGCAGCACUCGAGAAAAAACAACAGCAAGAAAUGAAACAGAAACAAAAGCUAGUGAUAUCAGCUGGCGUGUCCCCUGUGAUGACUCGUGUUAAGGACACCUUGCCAUCCGGUGCUGGUGCCAGGCCUAAGAACAAAGAUACGCCAAUCACAAACCCACUAGACAGCAGUGCACCGGUGAAGCGUGGAAAAGAACGAGAACAACCAGCGAAGAAAAAACCUAGCGCAUUGAAGAGAGUUAUAUUGCGCGAACGUGAAGAGAAAAAGAGACUACGGAUACUCGGGGAAUGCACGUUAUCGGAUGACGAUACAAAUAAAGUGAUGUUCCAAGAGGUAGAUGAAGAAAUAGAACAGGGUGUACAGUUAUCGCAGGAAAGCAGUGAAUGGACGACCGGACAGGUGGGCCCUGACGAGAUCACAGUGCCUUGUGGUAACAGUGACAAAGGUUCCAGUAUCAGUCUCAGCCAAUCACAGAGUGAGCUCUCUCCGGUCAGUCAGCUGUCGCCAAUGAGUAUGAGCCCACUCUCACCUGGUUCGCCGCUAAGUUCUGGACUACCAAGUCCAGUUGUUUUUUCGUACACCGUCCCUAACGCUGCUCUUCCAAAGAUUCAUAGUCGUAGAUUUCGAGAAUAUUGCAACCAGAUGUUAGAUAAAGAAGUUGACGGGUGCUGUACUACGUUACUGCAGACAUUAUGCAGGUUUCAAGAUAAACAGUAUCACAAAGACCCGACUAGAGCCAAAUCAAGACGUCGGAUUGUAAUGGGAUUACGCGAGGUAACGAAGCACCUUAGAUUACGCAAAGUGAAAUGCUUGUUGAUCUCACCAAACUUGGAAAGGAUUCAGUCUAAAGGUGGUUUAGACGAAGCACUCGAUGUCAUUAUCAGCUUGGCGCAGGAACAGGAUGUGCCGUUUAUAUUUGCCUUGGGGCGUAAAGCGCUGGGUCGUGCGGUUAACAAAUUAGUUCCUGUUAGUGUGGUGGGAAUAUUUAACUAUGAUGGCGCAGAGAACACAUUCCGUGAACUGCUUGAUUUAUCCGCUAAGGCAAGGGCGGUUUAUAACGACAUGGUUGUGACGUAUCAACAGGAAAUAGAAUCACAAAACGCUGCCAGGAUAGCUAAACACCGACAGCACAUGGGGCACAAUCGGAACUUAUCCGGCUGUAGCGGGAUAUCCUUCAGUAGUGUCAUAUCCGAACCAAUUUCGGAAAAUUAUCCGGAUCCAGAACCGGAGUUUGAUGAGUUCGGGAGAGAAAUCGAACAAGGAAAUGCGUAUUCGCAGGAUCAUGGCAAUAUUACAUCGACGAGACUUGAACGAACUGACGAGGAAGUAGAGAAGACGAUCACAACUGAGGUUUUGAACAGUUACGAUAAUGACGGUGAUGUUAAUGUUGAGUGUUUAAGGACAAGGAGUCGGAGCUCAUCACAAAACGUCAAAGAGGAUGGGGAGGGGGAUGACGAUGUUGACGACGACGACGAAGAAGAGGAGGAAGAGGAGGAGGAAGAAGAAGAUGACGACGAUUUAAGUGAAGAAGAUGAUAAUUGUGAGAUUACGCUCGAAAACGACAAAGUCUGUGAUUCUUCAUUCCCUGUCGACAAAGACCGCAUUGAAUGCUGGGUAGCCGAAGCUCAGAGUUGUAUAAGCUCUCUAAAAAUUGAAGACAUUGAAAAUGUGCCAUGUCAUGAGGCUGCCGGGAAUAGUCAUCCUCCGGAUAUCCCGGAAAAUGUUCGUCCUGGCAGUAGUUCUCAAGAAGUUGAUACUAGUGAAAAGAACUGUCAUAGUGAUAGCAGAUACGAACCAAACUCCAGUUAG